UUUUAAUCUGUAUUAGAAAUUACAAAAACAAAAUGACAGUAAACGUCAUUUAUAAUUCAUUGCCCAAGUCGGUCGAAUUGAAUAAAAUUAUUUUUGUGCGCGUUUUGAAUUAUUCAGCGUAAAUGGAAAAUAUUAUUGUCUUGAAUUUGGGAAGUAGGAGUUGAAGUUCGGUUGUUGUGUUUCGUAACUGUGUUCAAGUGGUUAAUAGUGACAUUAAUGGCUACUACACCAAAACAAGUGAACGGCAAACCGUCGAAUAGUAACGGCUCCCUGGGAAAGCGGAAGAAAUCUCGUGGGAGCAGAGGCUCCUACCUAUCAAAAUGGUUAGAUAAGACAAUGCACCACAUACAAGAGUCGACACCUAGCAUGGAUACCUACGAUACUUAUGUAAAUCCGAAUUUGCAGUAUGUGAUGGGUAGUUCUCAGUUCGCUCCCGGCUACGAUCCUUACAGACACAUGUAUGGAUGUGGACCUGAGCCGAUGUCUCUGCCCACGCUGCCUUCAUACUGCAACCCACCUAUGAUGCCAUUCUAUGGGCCUGAGUUUCGGUAUGUGAAUAAUGUAAACAAAAGCGUUCAAGUACAGAGGCCGAGACUGCGGCGCCGCAGUGAGAACAAGGCUGAGGAGGUGAGCAGCGCCUCUCGGCAAGGGACCCCGACCCACUCGCACGCCAUGAAUUAUUUGCAACCAAAGAAUUUGACUGACAGCCAGGAUUUUGCUAGUUUACCCCCUAUAGUGACGUCUGUUGGUGACACAAACUCCAACAGUGAGAUUAAUUUGAAUGAGAAGGAUGAAGGGAGCAAUGCUAGGAGGUUCAGUGACCCUUGUGUGAGAGGACUGCCGGAUGUAGCGAGGCCUGCCAAUGGAGAUGUGGACUCUGGAUCAGAAGCAAGUUCUGACAUGUCUGGCAGUCAAGUUGGCAGUAGACUCCUGACAUGUCUCUUAGACCAAAUAUCUUCCCUGAAAAUGGCAAAUGAAAGACUGAGUAAAGACUUAAUGGAUACCAAAGUUGAGCUGGAAAACUUACGACAACACAACGCCAUACUGAAAGGUUCCAGCUCGAGUAUGGGUGCUACGCCUAACCAUUCACUUAAUGAAAAUGCGUACUUAGCAGGACAAUAUGCUCCGGGUUUCCUGACCGACUUGGUGCGCGAGAUCAGGGACGCAGCGCGCAUGCGCGAGGAUGCGCUGUACUCGCGCGUACGAGCCAUGGUCGUCGAGAGAAACGAUAACGGUUUGACAUCUUCGGAAGCUAAGUUCACAGAAAAAGCUCUUGAAGAGAUCAAGAGUUCUCUGCGAGCUUCGGAGGCGGAUAAGCGUCGUAUGAUGGAUCGCAUCGUCAAACUGGAAGACGAGUUGCGAGUCUUAAGAGUCACAAACGGUUUGGAGUCGAACGAAAACAAAAUAUCGAACGGUAACGUCGAAGACGCCGACGCUGAGCGGAUGCGCUUGCGCAAGGAACUUGCGGACAUGCGCAAAGCUAAACAAAACGCUGAGGAACAUUCGCUUAAACUUGAACGUCUUGUAACACAGCUACGUUCAAAAUUCAACGGGCUCCAACUCACGAACGGUCCCGAAUCGUUGCCGAGCGAUCCCGAACACGAGUCGAACGUGCGCGCGCGCCGAACGAGUGUCAACUCGGCGAACAAUUCAACUGUUGUCUUUGGCCCCGUUACCGAUUUGUAGCGAAUGGAGAUCGCAAACGCGACAGUCUGCAUCGUCGCUGAUCUAUUCUGGUCCAUAAUAUAUAAGUUUACCUGAACGGACUUCAGUAGUUCUAGAUUAUAACUCUUCUAUAAUCUGUGGUGAAGUGUUUCAGUUUUAGCGUGUGUUCUGCACUUUUUUUAGUCAUUGUGUGUUGAAUUUGAAUCUCAAUCACUGGAAUUGAUUAAUUUAAGGUCCAUAUUCACCCUUUUCCGAGUUUGGUUUUAAUAAAAUAGAACGUUAUUUAGUGCUAAUUCUGUGAUUUUUUUUUGUUUACGAAAGUAAAUCAUGUCUAAGUUUUGAAUAGAAGGACACGAAUAAAAUACAUUGCAAGCUUAUAUUAAUAAUUAUUUCAGAACUAAUGUUUUAAAGUACAGUUAACAUACAUUAUUCUAAUACAGACUGAAAAUUAAACAAAUAUUUUCGCUUAUAUAUCAUGUUAUACUAUAGUACACAUAUAAAUUUUGCGAUACAGAUUUUGCAACAAACGAUAACUCAGAGCUUAUUUAUUUGCCUAGAUACCGACACAUUCGUCGAUUGUACAAGGCCUCAGUACAUCACACUUCUAUAUUAGUUCAAGAAUGUUUUACACUUUAUACUAUUGGAAUAAAGUUGAUAAUUGCCCGAUA